AUGGCUCUUCAGCAAGGAUCUUCAAGAAACAAGCGUUUUGGUCAAAUAUUAUUUUGGAUCGUUAUUGGAUUUAACGUUGCCGAUCAAAGUUCACUGCCAUUGAAAUACGAAGCACCUGAUGAUUGUCAGUGGUGGCUAAGAGGACCAAACGACGCCCACGAAGUUUCCCUUACAUGUAAGCUUCGUACUAUAAAUAGUGAGUUUGACACGACUAACUUUAGUGUCAUUCCGUCAGAGCACACAACGUCACUAAGGAUAGAGUGUAAUGAAGAAAUGAUGUAUAAGAGUUCAUUAGAUGACAGAAGUUUUGCGCAUUUAGUAAAAUUACGUGAACUUGUUUUGGAUAACUGUAAAAUUGGAAGAUGGCCGCCUGGCGUGCUUUCCGGUCUUAAAGAUCUUCGAAAUUUAACGAUUCGGACGAAAAACACCGAGUGGGCUGCUAUGAGUUUGGAGAUAGCAUCUGAAAGUUUUACAGCUGUACGGCAUUUGGAGAAGUUAGAUCUUAGUUUUAAUAAUAUUUGGUCGUUCCCUGAAAACCUGUUUUGCCCAUUGACUAAUUUGGUUUAUUUAAAUGUGUCUUCAAAUCGACUGCAAGACGUAAGCGAUCUGGGUUUUAGAGAACGAGCAGUGCACCAGGCUUUAAUAAGUGACCAGGAUGGACCAGCACCAUCGGCAUCAUCUAUGUCCCAUGCAUCGUGCUCAUUAGACAUAGAAGUCUUAGACGCCUCGAGCAAUCAUUUUGUGCUUAUGCCAGAAAAUGGGUUUAUGGCUCUGCGAAGGUUAAAAGAAUUGCACAUUCACGACAAUGAAAUUUCAAUGGUUGCCGAUAAAGCUUUAGCAGGCUUAAAACUAUUACAAAUAAUUGAUCUCUCCAAUAACAAAAUCGUGGCUCUCCCUCAAGAUUUAUUUAGAGAUUGCAGACCUGGCAUAAAAGAAAUAUACUUACAAAAUAAUUCCAUAAGUGUACUUUCACCGAGUCUUUUUGCCAACUUAGACCAAUUGUUAGCGUUAGAUUUAUCUAACAAUCAUUUAACAAGUACCUGGAUAAACGAAAAUACAUUCACCGGCCUUAUAAGGAUGGUAUUGUUAAACUUAUCCAACAAUAGGCUAACGCUGUUGGAUCCGAAAAUAUUUAAAGAUCUUUAUACAUUGCAAAUAUUAAAUAUUCAACAUAAUAUGUUAGAGAGCAUUGCUGCAGAUACAUUUGCACCCAUGAGUAACUUGCAUACAUUAAUUUUGUCUUAUAACAAAAUUUCUCACAUUGACGCCUACGCUCUGAACGGUUUAUAUGUGCUAUCUUUACUAUCGGUAGAUAACAACCGCCUCGAAGAAUUGCAUCCUGAAGCGUUUCGCAAUACGUCAUCUUUACAAGAUUUAAAUUUAAAUGGAAAUCGCCUUAAGAAAGUGCCGAUUGCAUUAAGAAAUAUGCGGUUAUUGAGAACUCUAGAUCUUGGAGAAAACCAACUGACUUCAUUAGAAGAGCAUAGCUUUGUUGGAUUACAUAAUGUAUACGGAUUACGACUUAUUGGAAACAAAAUAGAAAAUAUAAGUAAAGAGGUAUUUUCGGACUUACCAACGCUGCAAAUUUUGAAUUUAGCACGUAAUAAACUAAAAUACAUCGAUACGAAUGCCUUUGAAACAUUGACUAAUUUACAAGCCAUUAGACUGGAUGCAAACCAACUCACAGAUAUUCAAGGCUUGUUUGUAAACAUACCAUCAUUGUUGUGGUUGAACGUGUCAGAUAACCAAAUAGAGUGGUUUGAUUACGCUGUUAUUCCUCCUGCUCUUCAAUGGCUAGAUCUUCACAGUAACAACAUCAAGGAGUUGGAAAAUAACUACCGUCUAGAUAAAGAACUGCGUUUACAAACCUUAGACGCAAGCUUUAAUAAAAUGACAAAAGUCUCUGCCUACUCUAUACCCAGCAGCGUAGAGCUCUUGUUCCUAAACGAUAACCAAAUUACACAAGUUGAAGCUCAAACUUUUGUUGGAAAAACCAAUUUAACGAGAGUCGAUUUGUAUGCAAAUCAGAUAACUAGUAUGGAUCUCAAUGCGCUUCGGCUAACACCGGUCGAUCCAGGGCGGCCCCUGCCCGAAUUUUAUAUUGGCGGAAAUCCUUUUCAGUGCGACUGUACAAUGGAGUGGCUACAGCGAAUAAACAAACUUGAUCAUCUUAGGCAACACCCCCGUGUAAUGGAUCUAGAAAGUAUAUAUUGCAAGUUAUUAUAUAAUCGGGAAAGGACCUACAUCCCUCUUAUUGAAGCAGAAUCGUCGCAGUUUUUAUGUACAUACAAAACUCACUGUUUUACAUUGUGCCAUUGUUGUGAUUUUGACGCUUGUGACUGUGAAAUGACGUGUCCAUCGAACUGUACGUGCUACCAUGAUCAGCCAUGGUCGGCCAAUAUUGUGGAUUGUUCUGCCGCAGGGUAUGCUGAGAUACCUAAUAGUAUACCUAUGGAUGCUACGGAGCUGUAUUUAGAUGGUAACAAUUUUGGAGGUUUAACAAGUCAUGCAUUUAUCGGCAGAAAAAAUUUAAAAAUAUUAUAUGCAAACAACUCUAACAUAGACGCUUUGUACAACAAUACAUUUAGUGGACUAAAACGCUUAACUGUACUGCAUUUAGAAAAGAAUAAUAUAAAAGAGUUACUCGGUUUCGAACUAUCUCCUCUAGAGAAUUUGCGAGAGCUACAUUUGCAGGACAAUAAAAUACAUUACAUUGACAAUCGAACCUUUAUGGAAUUGAGGCAUUUGGAAGUGUUACGAUUGGAAGGAAAUAAAAUUUACAGCUUCGCCGUUUGGCAGUUCACAAUGAACCCAUAUUUGGUCGAAAUAAGUUUAUCACGCAACGCUUGGUCAUGUGACUGUCAAUAUAUGCACAAAUUUCGGAACUGGUUUAAAAGUAAUUUAGGCAAAAUUGAAGAUGCGAAUAAAAUAACGUGCAUUUUUGACAACGUUACGAACGCUAUUGGACCACUUAUGGCCGAUUUUAACUCAACAGUGUGCACAAGUCAUGUUGGUGGAAGCUCAUCUAUUAUCGAGAAUCAAGUAAUAAAUGAUUACCUUCCGCUACUAUUGAUAUCGCUCUGCGUCUUUGUCUUGAGCUCAGCCCUAAUAUGUGGCGUAUUUUAUUGGCGGCGCGAGCUCCGGGUCUGGGUGUACUAUCAUUGCGGAUUCAGAAUGUGUUAUAAAAGCACCGCAUUCGACGAAGAAGCCGACAAAGAUCGUCUUUUUGACGCCUACAUUAGCUACAGUGUAAAGGAUGAGGCGUUUGUCGCUCAAAUGUUAGCGCCCGGCCUAGAAUCAUCCGACCCCAGUUUCCGGCUCUGCCUACAUUACCGUGAUUUUAAUGCCUCAGCUUAUGUCGCGGAUACAAUAAUAGAAGCAGUUGAGUCUUCUAAAAGAACCAUUAUAGUCCUAUCAAAAAAUUUUAUUAACAACGAAUGGUGUCGAUUCGAAUUUAAAACAGCGCUACAUGAGGUGUUAAAAGAGAGACGAAGAAGACUGAUAAUCAUAUUGCUCGGUGAACUGCCUAAUAGAGACAUUGAUCCGGAGCUUAGGUUGUGUUUAAAAGCAAAUACGUGUAUAGAGUGGGGUGAUAGACAAUUUUGGCAAAAGUUAAGGUUCGCGAUGCCGGAUUUGAGAAAGUGUCAGUAUCAUCGUUCUACUGUAAAUAUUUACGCAUCGGUGUCACCUGUGGGGGCAGGGCGGGCACCGGCACCGCCUCCGCCCCCGCCACCGGGCAAGCUGCCUCCUUUGCUUGGUGAUGGCCUGGCCAUGCCAGCUGGUGUCCACACACGCGACCCCCACACCCAUCGAAUGCCGCCACAUGCGCAGCUUUGGGCGUAG